AUGGCCACGCACACGACAACCCCCACCCAGACCAUCACCACCACCACCGCUGCCGGCCAGAUCUCUGUCUAUGGCCAUCCUACUCCCAACACCUCCGCCACCAACACGCCCGCCAACAACUCGCCCACCUCUCCUCGCAUGACCACCGCCGCUGGCUACCAACUGCCGCUGCAAUCGCGCCAGAUCCGCCCGCCCAAGACGCCUCUCUACGUGCCUGCUGCCCUGCGCCCGACCGAGCGCCCGCAGAAGCCUGCGCCCCCCACUCCUCCUCGCAGCGUGCAUGGCUCUCUCGACAGUCUGAACGAGUGCGAUUCCUCCUCUGCCGCCAUGAGCCGUCAGGUGACCAGCGAGUCGACCAAGAGCGCAAUCAGCAAGCUGGCCGAGGAUGCGUGGAUGCGAGAAGAGCAUCUGGGCGAGGUGACGGGUGCUCCAAAACGCGACCACUGGAAGGCCGACUCGGCUUCCCAGACCUGUGACUCACCCACCUGCCGCGCCUUCUUUGGCCUCUUCCUCCGUCGCCAUCACUGCCGCCAUUGCGGCCAUGUCUUCUGUGCGGCUCACACUCCCCACGUGGUCCCCCUGGAUCAGGAUGCCCGCUUCCAUCCAGACGGAACCCCGUCGCGGGCCUGCGACCUGUGUUGGCAAGCCUACCAGCGCUGGGAGGAGUCGCGCGCUGCCGGUAUCAGCCGGAUUCAGAGCAUGCUAGACGCGCGGAAGGACGGUACCAUUUCGAGUGAUGACCUCAAGGCAACCCUGUCCAUCUCGGACACGUCCAGCCAGUCGCAGACGAGCGACUCGGCGAGCGACAAUCAAACCCUCGAUCCGGUCGCCAGCAGUGUGCCGCGCGACUGGAACUGGAGUACUUUCUAA